GCUGUCGUUGCGGGAAAAUAGACAAUAUAAAAAAACCGAAGAGAAGAGGCCGAAUUUUAAUUCAUUUUCAGUUAUUAUCAAUUUGUUCCUCUUUUAUAUUCGUUUACAGAAAAUUGUGAUUUCGAUAUUAUGAUACCCUUAUCGACAUUACUGAUAAAUAGUUUAAAAACUAAAUGUACGAACUGUUUUCAAUUCCAAAGAUAUGCGACACGUAAAAGAUUUUAUCGUAAUACAGGCAUAAUACAAAAUGAACAAAAUUGGGAAGUAACGCUUGACCAUAGAAGGUUAAAAACUCCCAAUGGAAAAGUGUUGCUGGUUAACAGUGAACCUUUGGCUCGGGCCAUUGCAGCUGAGUGGGAUUCUCAAAAAGAAUACAUAGCACUGCCUGUGAUGCAUCUGACAGCUCUGUGCAACACUGCCUUGGAUAACCCUGGAAAAUUGACCUCACAUGAUAUAACAAGUUAUUUACUAGACUAUCUGCCCACAGACACUCUUCUGUUUCACUCUGAUGAAGAGGAAGAGUUGCGUGUUUUACAAGAGCAAAAAUGGGGUCCUAUAUUAGAAUGGUUCCAAGAGAGAUUCAAUGUGAAACAAGAGGUGUCCCGAGGUCUCACACCACCCCCUGUAUCUACCGAGACCCGAGCUGUUCUGGCAAGGCACUUUCUGUCAUAUAGUUUCCCAGCUAUUAAUGCUAUAUACUUUGGGACUGAAGCAUUAAAGUCGCCAAUAUUGAUGUUGGCAUGUGUGGAACGACGCUUAGAUCCAAAAGAUGCGGUACUGCUCGCGCGACUGGAAGAAGAAUAUCAGCUCAUCCGCUGGGGUCGCGUUCCGUGGGCGCAUGAGCUGAACCAAGCAGAGUUGACGGCUCGCGUGGCGGCUUCGCUGUUGGUCGUACAAUGCACCGCCGAGCGGCACUCCUCCGCCAAGAAGACGCCGCCUGGGGAAUUCGCACCACAAUAAACCUAAAUUAGAUGAUUUUUACACGAAAAUAUAACCAACAUUGAAAAUUAACUUAAAAAAAGUUGGUUAUAUUUUCAUGGAUCGUUAUUUUUCAAACUCCAAUGGCAUAAAUAGUCUGUGUCUCGAGAUUUAUCUCUGUACCAUAUUUCAUCCAAAUCAAUUAUUCUACACAUGUAUGAGAGUAUGAAUUCUAAGGUCUUUUGAGCAUGAUUUUUAUUUAUACUUUAGUGCCUGUUACUAUGUUCAUAAGAAUGUUUGAUGUUGUACAUAAUCAUUGUAAAUAUAUGAAGAAUCAAAUAUAUAUGAGUUGUAUCUAAA